AUGGGACUCUUUACCAAGACCGAAGAAACCGCCUCUGUGGGCCCCGCCGGAGGAGAUAAGGACCUCACCAAGAAGAAGACUCGACAGAUCUGCUGGGACUCUCGAGACAAGUUCUUCGCUUGUCUCGACAAGCAUAACAUCGUGGACGCUAUCAAGGACAGCGAACUGGCCACCGCCAAGUGCCCUAAGGAGGAGAAGCAGUACGAGGCUGACUGUAUCGCCAGCUGGAUCGAUUACUUCAAGCAGAAGCGAACCAUGGAAUACAACAAGGAACAGAUGCUGAAGAAGUUUGAGGAACAGGGUGCCGUCAAGGUCGAGCCCAAUGUGUCCUUCAAGUAA